CAUCUUCCAAUGCCAAUGGUGGGCACAGCUGCCAAUCUAAACUGAAUGAGGGAACUCUCUCUGUGUGUCUCCUCUUCUACCCCUCUAGUAGCUCUACUGACUGGCUCAAGGCUAGUCACACAAGAGAGGCCAGAAGGAUGAGGGAGCGUCCCAAAACAGCUGUUCAGAGUCAGAGUGGCGGACGCAGGAGCCAGAACAUUCUGCCCUUCCUGAGGAAAACUUGCUGGGCGCCACCACCUGUGCCCUCUUCCCAGCACCACCAGACUGGAGAGGGCCCCAAACUCAGCCAAGACUUUGGCAGAUAUCGAAUAUCUGCAGAUAAGGAGUCUGGGAGCGGGCUGAAGAAGGCCCUGACACCCCCACAGCAGGAUGCAGAUGUACACACACAUGCGCACCCAUACACACACACUCCUCCGCCAGGGACCGCUGAAAUGGAGGAGGGCAAAAGUCCAUGGUACCUUACUCUGCUGAAGGAGAAGGAGCAGUCUCUGCUGACACUGGGUCGUGAGAUCACGCGACUGUCCGGGUUUGAGACCGAGUGUGUGCGCAAGGACGGCGAGAUCAGUGCUCUGCGGGAGAGACUACAGGAAGAUACACGACAGCUCAGACGCACCAAUGAGAAUGCGGUUAGAGCACAGGCAGAGCUGAUCCUGGACCUGACUGAGGAGGUCAGGCGGCUCCGGCAGGCGGACGAGGAGCUCCAUCAGAGGGACCAGCACAUCGCCCAACAGCAACAGGAAAUGACACGGGUCCAAGAGGAAUUGACACGUUUGAAGGAGGAAAGGAUGUGUGUGAGGGAGGAAGUACAGAUGAAGGAGGCCCAGCUGAGGGAGGAAGCACAGACAAGCAAGGUAAACACCAUGGGUUCCUUCUAG